ACAACAAAAGUUAAAAAAUUACCUGCUUUUUUCCCCAAUUCACCACCAAUUAGGUUUUCAACAACUCAAACGGCUAGAGCAGAAAGAAACCCAAAAUUAAACCCUAAUUCUACCCCCUUUCCUUUUCAAUUCCAGAUCCUUCUCGAAUUUGUAGUGCUCAUGGACUCCCAAGGGCAAAAAACUUCCAACAAUCCCAAGGCCAUGCUUUCUUCUCUUAUGAGUAAGAGACAAAAGCUUCAGGAAGAACUCCGUACUAUUGAAAAACAGGUGUAUGAGUUAGAAACCAGCUACUUACAAGAAUCAAGCAAUUUUGGAAAUGUGUGGAAAGGAUACGAAGGCUUUCUUUCUUCGUCAAAGAACACCGCAAACCUGAAAAGGUCAAGAAAGUUUCAGCAUGAAGAUAGGCUUUUUUCCUUAUCAUCGGUCACCUCACCCGCGACGGAAGAGCUUAACGCCGGACGUGAAGAGGGGAGAUCAGAUUUGGGCCCGGGCCGACCUAAAGGCGGAGGUUUAGCCAUUAAUGGACAGGGAAAACCGAAGAAAGGAAGAAGUGGACCGAGAGAUGGAAGAAAAAUCAGACUGUCGAAUGACAUGGAUCUCGAUGACGACGAUGAUCAUGAUAUGGGUGGCAUGAGAUAGCUGGGUGCUGGAGGAGCUAUAAUCAAUCAAUCUCUUGUAAGGAGUAAUAAAUUUGUAUAAUCAUCUGUUUAUUUUUCUAUUUUGCAGUUACUAAGCAAUUGGUUUUUGUUUACGUUGGUGUCGCA